AUGAAUAGAAAAAGCGCAGAAAUGAAAGAUGAAAGGGGCAUGGAAAAGGUUACAGAGCAGGAGGAGAGAUAUCUGCAGGACGGCGGCGCGUUUGGAGACCCAUAUGCGGACGAAAACAACAGAGAGGUAAUUGUGGUAAGAGAAAUAAUUGUGGUGAACGGAGAAAACACAGGAGCCGAGGUUGUAAACAGCCUCAUUGCGCUAGGCAUUGUGUUUGUGGGGACUCAGAUAGUUUCCUCGCUGUGGAAGCGGUACCACCCGAAGUCGUUUGGGAUAGUGAGCGUUGCAACUCUUCUGCUCUUCCCUUUGUUCAUGGGAGUGCUGGCAAGGUCCUACUUUUUUAUAUGCGCGUGGCUUUUCGUGGCUUUUGUGCACCUUGUCGUUUUUCAGGACGUGUUUAUGGGGCGCAGGCCAAAGCUUCUCACCACAAACGUGUACAAUGUGUAUAGAGUCAUAUUCCAGGCCAGCCUUGUCGCGUCGAUUGCUGGCUACCUCAUGGUUGCGUAUGGGUUUUUCAAGAGGAGCCCGGGCGUGUACUCCCGAGGAAUGUCUUCGCUUUUGUACACCCUGUACUUCACCCUGAUCACUCGGACGUGCCUGGACAUUGUGAGCGACAGAACAUCGGGGGCAAUUUUGCCGUCCAAGGCUGCAAAAACGCAAAGCACGCAGUGCCCAAUGUGCCAGGAGAGCUUGGGCAGCAAAAAGAUCACGCUGGAGUGCAGAGAGUCUUUCCACAUAGACUGCAUAAAAAACUGGAAGAUUCUUGGGAAGAAGGACACGUGCCCCUCGUGCAAGGAAAAGGUAGACCUGGGGAGUGUGGAAAUGAAUCCAUGGCAGAAAAACGAGUACCUAUUUACAAAGUUUUUGGACUUUACAGGAAAUCUUAUUUUGGCAUAUGCAGUUAUUCAGGGAAUUAUUUUAUUUAUGUAG